AUGGGCAUCGUCUGUGGGCAGCUGCUGAGGAGUACCCGGCCUCCGGCGGGCAGCGAGGCUGAGCUGGAGGAGCUGGCGACGCGAGCAGGACAGCCGGGUGCGGCGGGGGCGGCGGGGGCGGAUGUGCGGCGGCUGCAACGCGCCAGGAUGGCCCUCCACCGCUUCGCCCGCCUCUGCAGCCUCCACUUCGGACCCACACUGCUGCUGGCCCUCUUGGAUGAUUUCGUAGUCAUGACCUGCACUGCCUAUUGGCUUAUGGUCCUAGCUUCACAAACAGACAGGAGUGUGGGUAUACUUGUCAACGUGUUUGCACUUACUAGCGCCCUGUGUCGCCAGCUGGCGGUGUGCUGGGUGUGCUCCUCUGCGGCUGAGCGCGCCGACAGAGCUGGUCUGUUGCUGUCGAGGCUGCAGCCCCUGCUGCGUCCCGGGCCAGCACUCGAUGUUCUGCAACUUCCUGUCGACAGACUACGAGUUUCCGCCAUGGGGUUUUGUGACAUCAACCUCCAGACCUUCACAACUACUGUUAGUGCUGCAGUCACUCAUCUCGUGAUACUUGUUCAAUUUCAAAAGUAA